GUAGGACUACGGAGAGCGGCAAUCGAAGAUGCUUCCUCUAUCUUCUUCGGAGAUUCCACCGAACUGCCCCUUAGCUACCCAACACACCAACGUAUAGCAGAAUCUCUUCUUCUUGCUUUCGCUUCGAUGAGCAGAGCAUAGAACGAAACGAUGACAGUUUUCUCUCUCUACUCCCAAAUUUCUUCGCCGCUCUCAUCUUCGAAGCUCGAUCCUCCCAAAGCCCUUGUCCUCUUCGCUUCCUCAAAUGGGAGGACGCCCCUGCGGUUGGGUUUCUCAAGAACUGCACCGCCAUUCAGAGUCUCCUGUUCUUCUUCUUCGUCUUCCGAUGAUCCCUCCGGCGACAACCUCAGAAGCAACUUCUGCAUUAUAGAAGGGCCAGAGACUGUUCAGGAUUUCAUGCAGAUGCAGUUGCAGGAAAUUCAGGACAACAUUAGGAGUAGGCGGAACAAGAUCUUUCUCCUCAUGGAAGAGGUGAGGCGAUUGAGAGUACAGCAGCGGAUCAAGAGCGCUGAAGGGAUCGAUGCAUUUGGUGAAGUGGAUUCAAAUGAGAUGCCCGAUAUUCCAUCAUCAAUCCCUUUUCUUCCUCACAUGACGCAGAAGACGCUGAAACAGCUUUAUUUUACGAGCUUAUCGUUUAUUGCUGGGAUCAUUAUUUUCGGAGGUCUUGUUGCACCUACUCUGGAGCUUAAGCUUGGUCUAGGAGGCACCUCGUAUGAAGAUUUCAUACACAACAUGCAUUUGCCUGUGCAACUGAGUCAAGUGGAUCCAAUCGUGGCAUCCUUCUCUGGUGGAGCAGUCGGGGUAAUCUCAGCCCUAAUGUUAAUUGAAGCGAACAACGUGGACCAGCAAGGGAAGAAAAGGUGCAAAUACUGUCAUGGAACUGGAUACUUGGCUUGUGCAAGAUGCUCAGCAAGUGGCGAGUGUUUGAGUGUGGAUCCAAUUGUGACCGAUGCUACUGAUGGUCCUUUAAGAGUGCCCACAACCCAAAGAUGUCCAAACUGUUCCGGGGCAGGAAAGGUCAUGUGCCCCACAUGCCUCUGCACAGGGAUGCUAAUGGCAAGCGAGCACGACCCACGAAUAGACCCAUUUGACUGAAUACAGUGGUCCUUUGCUUGGGAGUUGUUGUCUGUGAGCUUGGAACUGCCUGAAUCUGAUUGUAUCAUGAAUUCGCAAUGAGAUAUUCCGAGGGUCGAAGGCAUACUUUUGUUGCAUGUUCUCUUGCUUUACAAAAAUUUUGUCUAACCAGGAAAGUAUUCCCAAACAUGUAGUCUGUGGGAGCGAAUGGACUGGUCGUCUUGUCUUGUAUCUAUGGAACUCUUGGAUUCAAUUAUAAAUUUUUCAUGUUACGUUUC